UUGACAUGUUUUCUGCUUAGAAUAGUUUUAGCGCACAUAAAUACAAUCGCGUCUCGGACAGGCCAUCUUUCUUUCAUAAUGUGAAGGAAAGACUUCCAAUGUCUCUAAAGCAAAUCACCAUCUCAAAGGUAUUCGGACCUCUUUUUCUAAUCGACGAAAUUGAAGAGAGCGAUCUCGAGAGUGCAAAUGACUUGCUGCCUGUACUACGACGCACCUAUCCACAGCUUUUCAAAAAGGGUAUUGGGUGGAAACUAAGCAUUGAAGAGCUCGAAUUUUUAAUUUUGGAUGCCCCCAAAAAUGGCUGGCAAGUGUGUCUUUCAAGUGAGCUUGUGCGCGAGCAACGGGAAAGCUUGAAGCGUGCCUGUCCUUCUUCAUGCAAAAUCUAUCAUGUGCUUACCACCCAGUAUGGGUAUCUACUUCGACAUGGAACCCAGUUCGGGGCUCUUUUCAUUGGUUAUGUUGAUCUGCAACAGCACAGCGAGGUCUUAUUUUUUUUGGGACCCCUUUCCGAGCUAGAAGGAGUCGCCGCCAAGAGAGUAGCUCGGAGUGUAGGAAAGCGGGCCAUGGUGUGUGGAUGUGAGGGCGGGGAGGUGCAUCUCGAUGAGAUUAUGGAUCCUCCCAACGGCUUGGUUGGGGCACGUGGCGGAAAGAAGCGGAGAAUCGACAAAGCCGUAAUGGACAGCUAGUGUGGAUGAGUUCAAAACCAGCCGACGCGUGGGUUUCUUUUUUCCUUGCCUUGCAAUCCUUGAAUAGUGUUGGGUAUUGAGCUGUUGUUCUGCUUUUCCUUCAAACGAUGGGGAAAGGGAGGAGGAACUUUAUACGUAUACCCAUGGUUUGCU